AUGCACAAUGAAGAUGUAAGUUCCAAUACAUCUCAAUCUUGUCGUCCAUGUCCUGUUGGUUCAUACAAUGGAAACAUUGGACAAACUUCAUGCCUGAGUUGUGCACCAGGUUAUUAUUGUAACACUGCUGGUGCUACUAGUCCAAAACCAUGCCCAACUGGAACAUAUAAUCCUAACGCUGGUUCUAUCUCAUCAGAAGCUUGUGUCAAAUGUCCUGUUGGUUGGUACAAUCCAAGCACUGGACAAUCCUCGUGCCGCAGUUGUACACCAGGUCAUUACUGCGAUGCUGUUGGAGGUAUUAGUGAAAACUCAUGUCCAGCUGGAACUUAUAAUUCGAACGGACGUUCUACCUCAUCUCGAGCUUGUAUAAAUUGUCCUCUUGGUUCCUACAAUGAAAAUAUUGGACAAUCUUCUUGUAAUACUUGUGCACCGGGUCAUUAUUGUGAUACUGUUGGAGGUAUUAGUCAAAGCUUAUAUCCGACGGGAACUUAUAACCCAAAUGGAGAUUCUAUCUCAUCUCAAGAUUGUGUCAAAUGUCCUGUUGGCAUGUACACUCAAGAUGAUGAACGAUCCUCAUGCAUCAAUUGUAUACUGGGCUAUUAUUGUGAUACUAUUGGUGCUGCCGAUGCAAAGCCAUGUCCAGCUGGAACAUUCAGUCCAAAUAUAGGUUCUAAUUCGUCUCAAGCUUGUAUAGAAUGUCCUGUUGGUUCGUACAGUGAAAAUGCUGGACAAUCAUCGUGUACCACUUGCAUGCCGGGCUAUUUUUGUGAUACUGUUGGAGCAACCGAUCCAAAGCCAUGCUCGAAAGGAACAUAUAAUCCAAACAUGGGUUCCAUAACGUCUGAAGCUUGUAUUAAAUGUCCUAUUGGCUCAUAUAAUGAAAAUUCUGGCCAGUCCGAAUGUAAAACAUGUACAUUGGGUCAUUAUUGUGACGAAGUUGCAGCUACUAGUCCAAAACCAUCCCGAAUCGGAGCAUAUAAUCCAUAUAUAGGUUCUGGGUCGUCUGAGACUUGUAUUGUGUGUCCUAUUGGUGCCUAA